AUGCGCCUCGGACUCACGGAGGCCAUCUCAGCCAGAGCUGCAGCCCAUGUGGCCGGGAUCCUUGUCUCUGAACAACGGGGAGUCGGCCUCAGCUGCGCUGGCCCGCACCAGCGCGCAUCCUGCAAGCAGCUUGUCGGGUUGCCGUUUCUCGAGACGACUUCUUGCUGCGGCUGCGCCGUUUGCCCCGCCACUUCCAGUACCUACCUCAAGCCCACCGCGCCGUUCCUUAUCCCUCGAGGGUUCCAAUUACCCACGCCGACCACGCUUGUACUGGCUCUAUGCCCAUUACGCCAGCUACUGCAUCGCGACACCAACACGGCCGCCUCGGCCUCCAAGGCCGCCCAGCGUCAGGUCUCUGAGCAUAUCAAUGAUGGCCAAAAAAGACAAGAAACGUACCAGAGUCGCCGUUGGAGGCAUCGCAACUGCGGUGACCGAGCACGGUGCCGCUCAGUUCUCAGCCAACCGACCUCGGACGAGUCGUCACCUUCCAUGAACACCCCGGAUCUCAAUCCCGUCGCCGUCCCGAAUGGCCACGCCGAGGUAUCACCUAUGCUGGAUGCAAUCUCCGCAAGCACUGCCCCCAGCAUGAUGAAUGAAUGGGCGCGUGGUGCCAUGGCCGGCUCCCCUGGCAACCUCAUUAGUCUGAUGGGCGAGUCGCCCCCGACCCAGCCCUCUUCGUAUGAGGACUCUGGUCGUCUUCACCAGGGCUGGGGUCAACGCAACUUCAUGACCCCGUCGCCGGCCUCUCCGUCUCCUCCCAGCCGCCGACCCCUCAGCUACCAUAUGGAUGCCCCUUUCCCGGCCGGCGAGACACCCCCACGCGCGGCAGGUGCUCCUGGGAGGCCAACCUCGAUGCACUCCCCGUUCCCGCAUAGUCGUCUAGCCUCGCAACCAGCACUCCCUCACCAACCCCAGGCGCACUUUUAUGGAGCUCCAGAUAUUGAUAUGACCUCGACACCACAGACUGGACUCAAGGCUGGCGAUGCUGGCCUGUAUUUUGGUUUCGAUACCCUACCCCGGUUGGAUGACGUCUCUGCUGGCUCGGAUGACGUGGUACUGGCGGGAUACAAUGGUGGCCUUGACGUCUAUGCCAUCACUAAAAGAGGACUGGAACCUACGGCAUGUCUCAGAGGUCUGCGUGGUACAGUGCAUCACGCCAAAAUUUUGCCCUGGACGUUCAGCACCAAGGACAUUGUCGGACCUUUAAUUGCCGUGACCGUGCAUGGACCCGUGCUUCCCACCCGAAAUGCCAGUGAUGCAGCAACACAGGAUGCAUCGGACAAUCUUAGGAGAGAGGGCACGGCCAGCCCCAGAUCGGUGACAACCUACCAGGAAGGCUUCAACCGGACAGGACCCAGUAUCGACUUUUACCAAACCACUGUUGAAGUGUACUCCCUCAAAACCUCCAAGGCCAUCGAUGUGCUUCUCGAGGCGCCGAGAAUUGCCGUCAAUGCCGGCGUCUCGAUAGCAAGCACCCUCUUCAAGCCUCCAUCGCCCAGUGGCGCUUUCACAAUCAAAGCAGAUGGGGGAACCGUCCUCGUUUGUUCCGGUAACACAGGCGAGUGCUGGGCUUACACCCACCUUCCAGAACCUCAGAACGGCCAUGUAUUUGCCUGCAUUGGAAAACUAUGGACGUCGCUUCAACACAGUCGUCGUAGUGAAGUUGUGGAAGAGACAGGUAAGGCCGCGUCGUCGACCAUCGAGGUUCGCUUCAAUCCUCAGACCCCCGUCAUCGCUCUCAAUGGUCGAUGGGUUGCCUAUUGUCCAGCGGCUCCCUCGUCGCAAACCUCUCUUCGUGCCCAUCUCCCUGUACCGAUCCUCGGCCGCGGCCCUGGCAUCGGUUCAAUGGCGCCACCUCAUAUACCCCAGUCAAGCCUGUCUGUGGAAUUGCCCAUCUCUGACAGCAUGGUGAACAAAAUCAUGCGCGAGACAACACAGGAGCUUAUUCAAGGUGCUAAAUGGGUUGGCAAGCAAGGACUGCAGGCAUGGAACGCCUAUUGGAACAAGGGAAACACGACACAAACUCCGCAGCAGCAGGCUCGGUCGCCUCCUCAGCAAUGGACCGCGACGCAGGCUACCAGGCAGGAUGCGACACAGUUCCCACCCACCCACGGUACGAACGGAAAUGCUGCCUCGAAGGAUCCAGGAAUGGUAUCCCUCAUUGACACUAUGUCGCUACCCCUAUCCUCCACGGUCCAUCCGCUGGCUACGUUUGCGCCUCCCGGCGGGUGCAGCGUCUUAUCCUUCUCACCCUCAUCGCUGAAUCUGUUCACCGCGAGUACCAAGGGCGAUAUCCAAACCGUUUGGGAUUUGCUCCGGAUCCAGCAUACGCACUCAUCUCCCCUUCAGGCCUCCGUCUCGCCAAGCGCCAACGUCGGACCGCAAGUGAGGCAGGUGGCACAGUUUUCUCGCAUGACGGUUGCGCGCAUUGUUGAUGUGUCGUGGACAGGGCCUCAAGAAGACCACAUUGCGAUGGUAACUGAGCGCGGCACUGUACACCUUCUGGACAUGCCUUUCAGUGCAUCAAUGUGGCCCCCUCCUCGCCGGCGUAAGAUUGCACCCACGGCUGGUGCCGAAUCGUCAGAGCCCACCAGCUCUGCAGUCUCGAUCGCGUCUGGGGCCAUCGGUGCCGCCUACCAGGCUGCAAAACCGUUUGUCGCUCGUUCCCGUCGCAGCAGUAGUAACAGUGCUGGGGUGACCACAAGCACAUUUCGGGACACAGCCGCACAGGGAGGGCGAGUCAUUGCCGCUAGUAUUAGCAGCUCUCUUGGCAAAACUGGCUCCGCCAUAAAUCAACUUCGGCAUACGGGGGAGAACCGAGUGUCAUUGCCCUCGAUUCGGAGUCUUCCGUCGCCCCAGUGUGUGAGAUGGCACUCGACACGCAAAUCACAGCACCUCUAUACUCUGGGUGGCGGUAUCGUGCGCAAGUAUCCCAGCCGAAGUCGGCGCGUUACUUCGAAGCGAAAUAAGAGAUUGUCUCGCGCGAGCCAGUAUAAGGACAUGAACGUUCCCAUUCUCCCCCAUGAUAGGCUUGCGCCUAUUGUUCGGCGAUUCCUGGAGGGUGACACCUCAGAGGACCACUUGGACCUGUCCGACCUGGAGAUGGACACGGGUAACACCAUGACUCUCAACCGCCACGCCAUCAAGGCCAAGCGAAACCAGGGUAUGAUUUCUGCUAUUCCGCAGGCUGAGAUAGAGACUAGCGCUCCUUAUCAACCCUUUCAUUCGGAUCGCCGAGUUGCUGUGUAUGAAUACGGCAGAGAUGGGCAGGUGGAGCCGGUGACAACACUCCUCACGGAGACUAGUCUGGAUGAUCAUCAGCAGUCAUUCAAGAAGAAAAAGAGCCGACAGCAGAGGUCAGGUGCGAUUCAUGACUCAGAAUCCAGUGUUUGGGCUUUUGGUCUUGAUAUUCCCACCAACUUGUUGCACAUGGGUAUCAUGGCAUCGGCAGAUGAUGACUUGAACGGCAUCGAUGACAGCCAGGCACUACCGCCCUCUGCCAUGGAGAGGCUUAUGCAGAUAGGUGACCAGGAGCAGAUUGUGGUGACAACAAGACGCCGACGAGGUCGCCAUGGCGAGCCGGAUGAGGACGGAUUCUUCGAGGACGACUGUGAGGUGCUUGAUUUUGCCGAUCAAAGGGUAUAG